GGCCGUCCAGUUCGGGCUCCUCCGAUUUCGGCAGUAUGUAUACGGCCAACACGUCAUUAUGGAAUCCGACCAACACGUCAUUGUGGAAUCCGACCACAAACCGUUGGUGGGUUUGUUGGAUAAACCGAUCGCCAGUUGCUCCCCGCGGAUUCAGCGCAUGAGGCUGCAGCUUCAAAGAUUUGACUUUAGUCUUGUUUACAAGCCGGGAAGAGAGCUCUUCAUUGCUGACACGCUCAGCAGAGCCCCUUCUCCUCGUCUGUUUGAUGACGAUGUGACGGCUGAGUGCGAGGAGCAAGUUCAUCAUGUGAUUCAAAGUGUUGUGCCCGUUGAUUCUACACGUCGUAAAUACGCCAGUGCAACGUUAUUGGAUCCCACUCUACAGUCGCUUCAAUCGGUCAUGAAGUCGGGAUGGCCGGAGCGCAAAAGUCAGUGCCCUAUAUCUGUGAAGCCUUAUUGGCCCGUAAGACAUGACCUGUCUACCGUGGGAGGCAUUGUUCUUUGUGGGACCAGGUUGGUAGUGCCUAACUCUUUACGCCGUGAAGCGCUGGAUGGAGUGCAUGACGGUCACUUCGGCGAGUCGAAGAGAAUUUUGCGGGCCAAGUCUUCGGUGUACUGGCCUGGCUGGGAGGACCAAGUACGAAACGCUGUGGCCAGCUGCCGAAAUUGUCAAGAACACAGGCGAAAAAAUCCUAAGUUCCCUUUGUUUCCGACUCGCGUCCCAGAAUAUGCGUUCCAGUUCCUGUCGGCUGAUCUGUUUGAAUUUUCCCGGGUCAAUUAUUUACUUUUAGUCGACGCUUACAGCAAGUGGCCUUGUGUUGUGCCGUUGAAGUCCACUACGUCAAGUGCCGUAAUUGGUGAAAUGUCGCGAUUUUUCUGCGAUUUCGGUCGCCCGGAGGAACUGGAAUCCGAUAAUGGAACCCAAUUUUCAAGCGCUGAAUUUCGUGAAUUCUGUCGUCAAUUCGGUGUACGUCAGGUGUCGUCAAGCCCGGAAUUUGCACAAGGGAAUGGUCUGGCAGAGAGACACAUUCAAACAGUUAAACAAACGCUGCUGAAAAUGUUUGAAGACGGGAAAACUUUAUGGGAGUCUCUCGCAGCUAUACGUUCGACUCCAGUCUCAUCCUCCCUUCCGGCGCCGUCCAUUUUAUUGCAGGGCAGGAAUCUUCGGAGCAGUUUGCCAUUUCUUCCGUCGGAACUUGCGCCCAAAUUUGUUCCUGCUUCAGUGGUGCAACGUGAACUCUCAACUAGACAGGCCAGGGCUGCCUUUGGUCAAAAUAGAUCGCCAAGUGCUCGGAUGUCAGCUCUUCAGAUUGGUCAGCGAGUGCGGGCCCUCAUCAAAGAUCGCUGGCUUCCUGGGGCAGUCAGUUCCGUCUGUUCGGGACCGCAGUCUUAUGUCAUUCAGCUGGAUGAUGGACGUUUGUUUCGGUGAACACGCUGGGCCGUCAACACGGACAAGGGCGUUCCGGCAGUCAGAGUACCGAUGAUGGCGCCGA